UUUUAGAGGGUAUUGUGUUAGUCGAAGAAUGCUUAACUUUAGCAACAAGAUCCCGAAAAGCAAUAAUGCUAUUAUAUCAAUAAUGAUAUGUCGGCUGGCUGUGUAAUUUGCUCUAUUUAUCGAAUACUUCAUUCAUAUCUUGUGGUCAUGCUUAGACAUAACUGGAUUGCAGGUUUACUUUACUGAAGGUACCGAAGACCUUAGCAAUGUAGCUUGCUCUCGUUGAUAUUCCAUACGAAAACUAUCCAAAUAGGAAGACAUUGCCUUCGUCUGGCUACAUCCUAAUAUCCGAACACACGUUGUAUAUCAGUUCUGCAUGCCGUAACCCUAUUGUAUUUCAAUCAGGUCAAGAAAUGUGUUUUGAAGAGAUAAAACCAGAGGAAUUCAUACUUCGUAAAUCCUCGUGUUUGUUUGCUUGGCAGAAAUGAUGUAGAUAUGAGGUGCAUGACGGCAGAUUUCAGGAGGAGAGGGGUAGCAGGACAUUGUGAGUUUUUUGGAUCUUCAAGGUGGCAAUGGAGGAGGAAGCAAAGUGCGGGAGGCUGUUCGCGGACGCAGAGUUUCCGCCAGAGGAUUCCUCCCUGUUUUCUGAUUACACCACCCCCAUUUCAAAUUUACAAGUCUGUAUCACUUGGAUGCGGCCGCAGGAAAUUUGUCAGUCACCUAGAAUGUUUCCAGAAAAUCCAAAGGAGGCCCAUGUGAAACAAGGGAUUCUGGGAGAUUGCUGGUUCUUGUGUGCCUGUACCGUACUGCUGAAGAAUGACCACAUGAUGAACAAGGUCCUGCCUGCUGGACAGCCACAGUGGGGCGAACGCGGGUACGAGGGCCGCUUCCGGUUCCGCUUUUGGCAGUUCGGCCGCUGGGUGGAUGUGGAGGUGGACGACUGGCUGCCUUGCGUUAAUGCCAAGCUAUGCUUCUCCCACUGCCAGUCUCCCAGUGCAUUCUGGGUAGCGCUCCUGGAGAAGGCAUAUGCCAAGCUUCACGGGUCCUAUGAGCGGCUGUGGGCGGGACAGGUUUCGGAUGCCCUGGUUGACCUCACGGGGGGCCUGGCUGAGCGUUGGAGCCUGAAGGAUUCUGGGAAAGAGGAGAACCAGCAUGGAGAGAAGCACAAGCCCAAAAAGAAGCUUGAUCUCAGCAGCCUGCAAGGAGUGAGGGACAGGGGUACAGUGAGCUGUUCUGUGCACAGCUCCCCUGGAGGUGCUAGUGAGUUGGGGCAGUACCACGCACUGAGCGUGAUGGAGUGGACUGACGUGACGACAGAGACAGGGGGUCACGUGCGUCUGCUUAGGAUCCGGAACCCGUGGGGACGCCGCUGCUGGGGAGGGGCCUGGAGCGAGAGCGGGGAUGGCUGGAGAGAGCUGGAGCCAGGCUACUCUCAGGAUCUGCUCAGCCGCACCCAGGAAGGAGAAUUCUGGGUCGAGGAGGCGGAGCUCCUGAAGGAGAUAGAUGAAGUCACUGUGGGAUAUCCAAUCAACGAUCAGGGUUUGCUUCAAAGCAUUUAUACAGGAAAAGAGUUACCUCACAACCAGCAGAUGGGUGGUUGCUGGAUUAGAGAUCAUUCCGCAGGCGGGUGUCGCAAUAACAGCACUUUUGGCAGUAACCCCAAGUUCUGGCUGCGGGUGUGUGAGCCGGGAGAGGUGCUCGUGUCUCUUCUGCAGCACAGAGGAUGGAGACAAUCCUCCAUUUCCAGAGAGUGCAGUAACGUGGAAGAUCCACAAGAGGGCAGCCCCGAGCCGCACCAGGACUACCAAGCCAUUGGUCUGCACAUGUGGAAGGUGGAGAAGAAGCACUUUAACCUGACACGGACUCUGAACCGAACGCCCUGUGCCUCCACCCACUGCCACGCCUAUGAGCGGGAGGUCACGCUACGCGCUCACCUGGGCCCGGGGUUCCACCUGCUCAUCCCCAGCACCUUCCUGCAGGGCGCAGAAGCCAGCUUCCUGCUCAGGGUGUUCUCCUCCGCCCCUGUGUCUCUGAGUGCGCUGAAGUGCCCUCCUCCCCCUGCCGCGGCGGUCUGGGGCGGGGAGUGGGAGACCAGCCGCUUCCCGGGGAGGUGGGUCCCAGGCAUUUCGGCAGGGGGCAGCAGGAACUUCCCCUCCCACCGGACAAACCCGCACGUGCCUCUCGUUGUCAGCUACCAAUCGGGCGAGCCCAACACAAGGAUCACACUGCGCCAGCACUGCCCCGCCAAAGCCCUCCAGCCAAUCGGCUUCCACAUAUACCAGGUUCCCGAGGGGUCCGUGGACCCGCAGAUCUCCCAGGAUCAGGAGCCGCAGGCGAGCUGCGUGCCCCACAGCUACGCCCCCGAGGUGUCCCUGCACUGCAGCCUGGCCCCCGGGGCCUACGUCAUCCUCCCCUCCACCUAUCAGCCCCAGUGCAAGGGCCACUUCACCCUCACUGUGACGAAAAGGAUCCACAGGAAAGUAGUGAAGAGCCGGGAGGCUUUAGGACAAUUGAUACAGGAGGUUUCAAACAUCUCUGUGAUGCGCAGCUAAUGAUGGGGGACCGCCCCCUCCGGUACGGUGACGUGGGUUCGGCCCCUGGCCUUAGAUGAAAGUACCCCCCCCCCCCCUCCCCCAGGGGCAAAUGAAGCCAGAGAGCCUUUAUUCGUCCGCAGAGGGCAGGCCGUAGCGAUUAGUACAUCACAGCCCGUCCACUGCCUCGGCACUAAUGGGAGGCGACGUGACUUGGCGGUGUAAACAAACGGGCCCGAUUGAAGGGGCCCUCUCCCCGCUGCCCGCCCCGCCGCCAAAACAAAGACGCCACUCAUGAACCCUCUCGAGGGGGGGGGGGGGCUAGAAACGGGAGCGAGAAGCCGCGCCCGGGGCUCCCCUGUCCGUCCGAACCCCCACCCCAAACCCUUCUAGCCUGCACUAGAGAGAUGGGCUGCCCUUUGAGUCCAGUGCGGCCGAGAGAGUGGAGUGGAGUGGUAAGGGUGGGCCACAGAACUCCAAACGUAUGACAGAGUGCAGCCCAUGCUGCACUUCACAGCACCUGAGGACUCUUCUUAGGGAGGGGUAACUUAGGGAAAGUGCUUGGCUGGACAUCCUGUUGCACUCAUUAAUAAUUCAGCUGUGCGCCUCUUUACCUUCCACUGGGUUCAGUUCUGAGGUGCUUCACCGUUCUGUUGAAAACUUCAAAUGAUUUAAGAUGAGAGAGAAAAAAAGAACUACUGAUGGAGUUAUGACUGUGACUUUUAACUGCUAUAAUUACCAGCAUGUUCUUUUUUAAAAUAUCACUUGCAGAAUAUAAUUCAUGUGGUGAAUAUAGUACAAUUAAUUUUCCAAUUUCACAUUUGAAAAGUCUUUGUCUGGAAUUGAUUGGGGAUAUCCAGUCUACUGAGGUACUUUUUAUUUUAUUUUUUGCAGUAGUCAUUUUUCACUUUUUGAAGGUGUCACAGCACAUGAUGAAAACCAGGAAAGCUGGGUUUUGUGUCUGAACUUGAAAAUGCCUAGUAUUACUAAACAUUUAAUAUAUUUUUAAUUUGGGCACUUUAAACGUUUAACUGUUAACUCAAAUGUGACCUGUAUAAAAUGUUCUGUAUUUGUGUUCAUCUAAGAACUUGAUGAACAGCAAACUGUCAGAUCAGCGAAUAGAAAAUAGUAUGUCGUGCACAAUAAAAAGAUAAAAUAAA